GCAGCCAGAGCCUUGCCGGGGGCCGGGCCUAAAAUGGAGGCCAACGGCAGCGGGAGCAGCAGCGACUCGGCGCCCGACUGCUGGGACCAGGCGGACGUCGAGCCGGGCAGCGGCCCUGCUGCCGCCUCCUCCUCCUCCUCAGCCCCCGCCGAGGAAGAAGCCAGGCCGGCCUCGCUGGAGGCGGCCGAGGAGGAGCAGCAGGAGCUGCUGGGCGCGGCCUUCAGCCGGCACCUCAACGUCAACGCCAAGCCCUUCGUGCCCAACGUCCACGCCGCCGAGUUCGUGCCGGCCUUCCUCAGGGGCGGCCCCCCGGCGCCUGCCGCCCCCGCCCCGCCGCCCUCCUCCUCCUCGCCCCCGCCGCCCGCCCAGCCCCACGGGGCAACUGCGGAAUCUUCGCAAGAGGAACAGCCCUCAUCUUGUGACGGACUGAACACUGCCGUCAGUAUGGAAAUCUCUGAACCAGUCGUAGAAAAUGGAGAGACCGAAAUGUCCCCAGAAGAUUCAUGGGACCACAAAGAAGAAGCCCUUGAGCCUGAACUAGGAGGGGGACCUUCUGGAGAUGCAGGACCUAUUGAGGAGGGUACCCAGGAGAUGAUGGAAGAGGAGGAGGAGAUACCGAAGCCCAAAUCCAUGGUAGCACCACCAGGUGCUCCCAAAAAAGAACAUGUAAAUGUAGUAUUCAUUGGACAUGUAGAUGCUGGCAAAUCAACAAUUGGAGGACAAAUAAUGUACUUGACAGGCAUGGUUGAUAAGAGGACACUUGAAAAAUACGAAAGAGAAGCAAAAGAGAAAAACAGGGAAACCUGGUACCUCUCCUGGGCCUUAGACACAAACCAGGAAGAGCGUGACAAAGGCAAAACUGUGGAAGUGGGCCGCGCCUAUUUUGAAACAGAGAAGAAACACUUCACAAUCCUAGAUGCUCCCGGGCACAAGAGCUUUGUUCCAAAUAUGAUUGGUGGUGCUUCUCAAGCCGACUUAGCUGUGCUGGUCAUUUCUGCAAGGAAAGGAGAAUUUGAAACCGGUUUUGAGAAGGGAGGACAAACAAGAGAACAUGCCAUGUUGGCCAAAACAGCCGGGGUAAAACACUUAAUAGUUCUUAUUAAUAAAAUGGACGAUCCUACUGUGAACUGGAGCAACGAAAGGUAUGAAGAAUGUAAAGAGAAACUGGUGCCAUUUUUGAAGAAGGUUGGCUUCAACCCCAAAAAAGACAUUCACUUCAUGCCCUGUUCGGGACUGACUGGAGCAAACCUCAAGGAGCAAUCAGACUUUUGUCCCUGGUACAUUGGGCUACCAUUUAUUCCAUAUCUGGAUAAUUUGCCAAAUUUCAACAGAUCAGUUGAUGGACCAAUCAGACUGCCAAUUGUUGAUAAAUACAAGGAUAUGGGCACGGUGGUUCUGGGGAAGCUGGAAUCGGGCUCUAUCUGCAAAGGCCAGCAGCUUGUGAUGAUGCCAAACAAGCACAACGUGGAAGUCCUUGGAAUCCUUUCUGAUGAUGUAGAAACCGAGUCUGUAGCUCCAGGUGAAAAUCUGAAAAUCCGGCUGAAAGGAAUUGAAGAGGAGGAGAUCCUCCCGGGGUUUAUACUCUGCGAUAGUAACAACCUGUGUCAUUCAGGACGUACUUUCGAUGCUCAGAUAGUGAUAAUUGAGCACAAAUCUAUCAUCUGCCCAGGUUACAAUGCGGUGCUCCAUAUUCACACCUGUAUUGAAGAAGUUGAGAUCACAGCCUUAAUCUGUCUGGUAGACAAAAAAUCAGGAGAGAAAAGCAAGACCCGGCCCCGUUUCGUCAAGCAAGAUCAAGUCUGCAUUGCCCGUUUAAGGACAGCAGGAACCAUCUGCCUUGAGACCUUCAAAGACUUCCCUCAGAUGGGUCGUUUCACUUUAAGAGAUGAGGGUAAGACCAUUGCGAUUGGGAAAGUUCUGAAACUGGUUCCAGAGAAGGACUGAGCCUUGUUUUCAACCAGCCUGCACAAAAUACUGUGAGGGGAGGGGGGAACUGACUCUGCAAAAGCCUACUUCACGUCGCCUUCUUUUCCUUCCCAGAGAUAACCUCCUUCUUAGAUUUUGCAAUGACAGAUUUCACAGCAAAGGUCCACAUUAUGUCAGCUUUCUCAUAUUGAGAGCUCUGCUAUGCCACUGUUGAAUUCCCCCCCCCCCCAAAAAAAAACCCAAUUCCCCCUCCCCUCCUCCUCCUCCUAAAUUCUGCUUCCUUGGAAAGAUUUGGCAAUAGCUUUGUAAGUGAUGUGGACAUAAUUGCCUAGAAUUAUGAAAAAUCUAUAGGAUUUAUGUUUAAUUUUUCCCCUCCUGUUCCCAGCAUAUUAAAACAUUUUUUCAAAGCAGAUCAUUUGGAGUAUGGGUGCGUGCACAUGUUAUUAAAGACAAUUACCAUGUUAAUAAAACUAUUCAAUUUGAAAUCCCUUUUUUUUUUCCCGGGUAUCUUAAUUGCUUUCGAAUAAUGUUUCUACCAGAUGUAACACCAUCGCAUUUAGCUUUUAACCUGCCAAGUAAUCUGAGCCAUCAAUUUACUUGGACUUUUCUAAAUCCCCCUCCCUCAGUCUAUCCCUUUGUGGAUACACCACCACCACCCCUCCCCGCGAGUCAAGUUUUAAAUGAAGCAAUUAGACAAUUGACAAAAUUUGGGCUAAAGGAAAAAAUGCCUCAUUGUUUUGCCCUUUCCCUAUGGUGGCUUUAAAAAGAAGACUUAAAUACGUUCAUGCAAGUACGGUACUAUUUAAUUAACACUGCAUCAUUUUAUAGCUACAAAAAAAAAUUUUCGUUGUUGACUGAGCAGGAGUGUUUAGACCCUGGAACCAAACUGCAUUUGGCUGCUGUGUCUGCUUAAAGUCUAGCAACAAAGGCCUCCUGGCAGAAAAUGCUAACCAAUAUGGACUGUUAUGUGGUCACUCCAGCAAUAAUGCCGCAAAACUGAGCUCUCGAGCGCCAGGUUAAAUUUGGUUCGUUCUGUCUAACGUGGACAACUUGUUAAUCUUUUGCUUUUUAAAGAGAGAUCGGAAAUGAAUGGCAUAGGCAGGCAAUCCCAGAUGUUCGCUGUUCUCCCCCUUUUUAAAUAAAAUCCAAAAAAGAUUUUGCUUUUAAAAAAAAAAAAAACAGAGAAAGUAGAAUCAAGUAUAUUCUAUCAUUUUUUUGUUUGCACAUCAAAGCAAAUUUGCAUUGGAGGAAAAAGCAAUAGCGAGCCUAGAGUCUUGCGUGGUUACGGCUUGAAGGAACAAAGGUGGCAAACUUGUACUUAGCUGUAGGCUGGGUGUGGAUUCUGUACCAGGGCUUUCAAAAAACGAGGUGGAAGGUUCACUGAUGCUCAUAACGCCAGUAUGGAAUGAACAACAGUCUCUACUCUUAGAUUCAGUUAGAAGGCAGACUCUGCCAACAUUGUUCAAAAUGAUUUUCCCCUAAUUUAAUAAUUUUUUCACUGUUUUUGUAUGUACAAAGUAAUAAUGUACCCUACCCCCUACCCCUGUAAUUCUGCAGUCCCAGGACUGUUCCAUUUCACAAAAACAACACCUUGAAAUUUGAAAAAAAGUUUGCCCUUUUUGUUUCUUUGUAACUGUGGAACUCCCAUCCAUUUCACAUUUAAGGCUACAUUGUACGGACAGAGCAAAAGUUUGAUUGUCCUUCAGUUUCAUAUGACUACACUUGUAGCUACCGUAAUGCAUGAAAUUUAAAUAAAUUUUAUUAUGUCUGCAAA